AUGUCGACUUUCAAGCAUCUUUUCCAAUUCGAGACGGAAGAUCAGGAGAGCCUUUUUGGAAAAUGCGACUCCACGGAGCCCAUCAUCGGGGGAUCGGUCACAGCGUAUCCGACCUUUGAGGAUUUGAUGGAAGAGCGGAAUCCGAGAACCGCGACCGUAGCAAAGCUACUUCCGCCACUCCCCAAAGCGGAUCUUCCUAUUUACUGCAUUGGACUGAAUUACAAGAGUCACGCGAAAGAAGCCAGUCUCAAUGUCCCAGCCAAUCCACCAGUGUGGACCAAACCCGCUGCGGCGCUAUCAUCUCCGGAAGAAACCAUUCCUGUUAGUCGAUUUUGCGCCUCGCAUCUUCCCGAUUGGGAGGGUGAGCUUGUAUUCGUCACCUCGCGUGAGUGCCGGGAUAUCACGCCAGAGGAAGCCUCAUCCUAUAUCCUCGGGUAUACAGUUGGCAACGACCUUACUUGUCGCUUCUUCCAGCUUGCCGAACAAUCUGGCGGCCAGUUCUUCUAUGCGAAGGCAUUCGAUAACUUUGCUCCCAUAGGACCAGUCCUUACGAGCCCAGAUGUCUUCAACAAGGAGAGAGCAACGGCCAGUUUGGUUACCCGUAUCAACGGGGAGGUGAAGCAAAACACGGUUAUCCGAAAGGAUAUGAUAUUUCCCCCCGAAAGGCUGCUUAGCUGGAUGAGUCAAAGCACCACUAUACCAGCAUACACAGUGGUCAUGACCGGAACCCCAGCGGGAGUCGGAAUUUUCCAAAAGCCACGUCAACUGCUGAAGGACGGAGAUAAGAUCCAAAUUGAGAUCUCUGGCCUAGGCACGCUGAAGAAUCAAGUCAGAUUCGAGGACGGCCAGGAUUCCCUAAUGUGA